AUGGGUGCCGAAUCGUUCCCCCACCAUGGGGAGUCCAUCACACAGGCUCAACAGCCAAGCCUCGAGUCGUCCCCUCAAAAUAGUCCUAUGGAGAAACACAUGCGACCCGUGGGUAUCGAUACCCCAAUCCCUCGGAUAACCAUGCGGUCCUUGGUGAUGGCCCUCUUUGUCUCGAUGGGUGGUCUGCUGUUUGGAUAUGACACAGGUCAGAUUUCUGGCUUCCAAGAAAUGAGCAACUACUUGGAGCGGUAUGGUGAGCUUGGCGCCGAUGGUUCCUAUAAAUUCAGCACCGUGCGCUCCGGUCUCAUUGUCGCCUUGUUGUCCAUCGGUACCAUGAUCGGUGCCCUGGUCGGAGCCCCCGUCGCCGAUAAAUUGGGCCGGAAGUGGUCCAUCACCCUCUGGUGUAUGAUCCUCAACGUCGGUUUGAUCGUUCAAAUUACCUCUCCCGAUGGCCAUUGGUACCAGAUGGUUGUUGGCCGCUGGGUCACUGGUCUUGGUGUUGGUGGCUGCUCGCUGCUCGUGCCCAUGUACCAGGGUGAAAGUGCACCUCGUCACAUCCGGGGUGCCAUGAUCAGUUGCUACCAGCUGUUUGUUACUCUCGGCAUUUUCUUGGCCUACUGCAUCAACCUGGGUACUCACACUCUGGAUGGCACUGCUCAGUGGCGUAUCACUCUCGGUAUCACCUUCGUCUUCGCUCUGAUUCUCGGAGGCGGUAUGAUCUUCUUCCCGGAAAGCCCACGUUAUGAAUUUCGCCACGGAAAGGCCGAGAGUGCCCAAAGCACCCUGGCCAAGCUCUACGGCAUCCCAGAGAACCAUGUCCGCAUCUUGGAAGAAAUGAACGAGAUUCGUGAGCAGUUUGAAGCGGAGUCUGAGGGCCAGAAGUGGGAUGAAUUCCUCACUGCCCCCCGCAUGUUCUAUCGUAUUGUCCUUGGCAUGGUUCUGCAGUCACUGCAGCAGCUCAGCGGUGCUAACUACUUUUUCUACUACGGUACCACUAUCUUCGAAGGCGCUGGUCUCUCGGACAGCUUCGUGACCCAGUGUAUCCUUGGUGCUGUGAAUUUUGGAACUACAUUUGGCGGCCUAUAUGUCGUGGAAAAUUUCGGUCGUCGCAAGUCCCUGAUCUACGGAGCCAUCUGGAUGUUUAUCAUGUUUAUGAUCUUCUCAUCCAUCGGCCAUUUCGUUCUGGAUGUGGAAACACCUACCAAUACCCCCAACGCUGGCAAGGGUAUGAUUGUCGUCGCUUGCUUGUUCAUUGCGGCAUAUGCUAUGACCUGGGGUCCCAUGGUUUGGGCGAUUGUCGCAGAGCUCUUCCCCUCAAAGUACCGUGCCAAGGGUAUGGCCUUAGCUACUGCAACGAACUGGCUGUGGAACUUCCUCAUCAGCUUUUUCACAACUUUCAUCACCAAGGACAUCGACUUUGCCUAUGGAUACGUCUUCGCUGGUUGCCUUUUCGUGGCUAUCGGCGUCGUCUAUUUCUUCGUUAUUGAAGGAAAGGGCCGUACACUUGAGGAGCUUGACUGGAUGUAUGUCAACAAGGUUGUUCCCUGGAAGAGCAGCAGCUACGAGAUUCCCGAACGCCACCAGGACUGGAUUGCGGAUGAGAACCCUUACGGUCGGAAGUCAGAGGGAACCAUACACGCAGAGAACGCAUGA